AUGAAUAAGGGGAAUUUGUUUAAGCACGAGACGGAAAAGGCCAUCGUCCACUUCAUCGUGUAUCUAAUAGGCAUACUGCUCAUACUGUGUGUGUAUUACAACUACAUAAUUUUGAAAUACUACUUUUAUUCUUUGUUCUGGGCCUUCAUCGUGUCUAUCCCCCUGCACCAUGUUAAGGUGAAAUUGUCCGAGUUGUUAAAAAAAAAAUUUGUAAAAAAAAAGAAAAAUGAAAAUGGAGAUAUCUCGAGGGGAAAGGAGAAUAUCUCAUCAGAUCAAAUCAUAGCAGAGACGUGGAUGAUAAAUGGUUCUUAUGAUGGAAUUGGAAAUUGUGGCAAUGUAAGGACGCAACCUUUGAUGAGCCUUUCGCACUAUAAAUUGGAGGAUUACACAAAAGAAGACAUUAUGAGAAAAAAUUCAAAUUGUGCCUAUUCAGAUAAAUGCAAGGAGGGGAAGAGAGAAAUAAGUUUUGUUAACCAAGUGGGAACAUGGAAAAAAUAUGAAAAGAAAUUUCACAAAAUUGUGAAAAAUGUAAAGAAAGAGUUAAAUAUAUAUUUGCACAUUUUCUUAUUAAUAAUUAAGCCAAUAUAUAAGAGAGAAGAGAAAGGAGAAAGAAAGGGAGAAAAAAAGGGAGAAAAAAAGGGAGAAAAAAAGGGAGAAAAAAAAGAAAAUUUCAGUAAUCACAUGGAGCACUAUGAACAAAGGAAUGCAAGUGAAAUUUAUUUUCUCAUUCUACACAGACUUAUACUUUUUUAUAUCUUAAAAGAAAUAUUCCAUAAAUAUAAAGAAUUUUUAUUAUCCUUUGGUAUGUUUAUUUUACUUUUUUUUUUCUUUUACAAAAUUGUAAAGAUUAUAUGGAUUUCUUACUUUUAUACUAUAUUCAAAAAGUAUUACACGAAAUACUGUCGCAGGCUUUCUUUCGUUUACGCCUAUUUCUACAAGCAUUACAUGAAUGACAUUCUUACCGUCUUCAUCAUUUUUUUCUCAAUAAUUAUUUUCUCUUCCAUUUCUAUUUUAUUUAUCAUUAAUAUAUAUGGAGAGUCUCUCUAUAUAAUUAAUUCAGUGAACGCAUACCUCUCCUCCAACUUUCGAAACACCUCGAUCUUCAAAAAUUUCAGAAAAUUCUAUCGCAAACCAGGAAAAGAUGAUAUCGAAAAUUUGUACGAACUAAUAAAUGUGAACAAAGUACCUUUUCUGAGUAAUCAAACUUUAGAAUCCAUUUCGAGGCAUUUGAAAAGAGCAUUUGACAUAUAUGAUCAUGUGUAUGCAUACAGCUUUUUAAAAAAUAAGACACGGUUGAUAAGUGUUUGCUGUGUUCCACUUUUUUUGAAAAGAUUUUCUCUAAUGAUAGAUGGACAUAACUUGACUAAUGUUAGAAAACGUAUUUUCCAUUUUUUGAAUGAAACAAAAAAAAAAAGAAAAAAAAAAAAAAAUUAUAAAAUUUUUUUACCCAAAACUGGUGAAGAAUGUUCCAUCGAAGCAUGUUUAGGUGACAUAGACGAUAAUAACACAUCCUUCAGUUUAAAAAAGUUACUACAUUUUUUGUCAAAAAAUAUUUUUCUCUUUUCGAUUAAAAGCAGCAAUUGUCCAGAUGGCAAUUCCAGAUCGAUUCACAACCCAAAUUGUGAAAAUCCUGGUGUAAAUCAGAAUAUUUUUAACACCAUAUUUGAUAUCAGUUCCAUGAGGAAAGUGACAAAAGGAAACGUAGAAGAAUAUCAGCAAUGUACCACAGAUGUAAGUGAACAGUGUAUGCUUGAUUCAAAAAAAAAAAAAAUUUUAGAAACAUAUGAAGAGAAGAAUCACCAACUUGAUCGUAGAGUUAAUCUAUACGAUCCUCUAAAGGAAAAAAAUUUUAAAUUUAAGGAAUUUAUUAACUAUUUAAACAGUUUAUUUUCUUCCUUGAAAAAAAUAGAAGAUUUAGGAAAAUUAACAAAACAUUUGAUAUUUAAUAACAGCUAUGGGCUAAUAAAAAUAAUGAUAUUUUUUUUGUUCAUAUUUUUUAAUUUCUUUAUGUACACAUUUGAUGCAAUUGUUCAGGGAAUCAUAUUUUUCACAGCACUAUAUUAUUUAAUAUCAUCGAAAAAAUCCGUCUUGAAUUAUUUGAAAGAUAUAUUACUAGUAGUUGAUCCAUCUAGUAUUUUUUUUUAUAACAUUACCAAAAAUUUAAAGGCUAUAAUUAUAUGUACAUUAAAAAGAGUAUACUUUUACACUCUAUACAUUUGGUUAAUAUUUUCCUUUUUUGAAUUCCCAAUUAUAUAUGUUCCAACAUUACUUUGUAUCAUCUUGUCUCUCAUUCCAGUUAUAUCCCCAGAAAUAAUUAUAGUUGUCAUUAUUGUUCAUCUAUGGAUAAUUCAGAAAAAAAAAAUUAUAUCUACAGUAUUAUUAAUAAUUAAUUUUUUCAUCUAUAUGUAUUUUACCACGACUAUUUAUACCGAAAUCCCACACACACAUGCAUGGCUUGUCUCCCUUUCUCUUUUUUUAUCAAUUAGUACCUUUGGUUCUAAGGGGCUUAUUCUGGGACCGCUCAUCGGAUCCAUUCCUCUCAUUCUGCAUCAGAUAGCCAUUAACAAGAAUAGAUCUGUUCAGCUCAACAAGAGGAAAAGGAAAAACCUGGGGAAGAAGGGGCCAAGUGUUCGAAGUGGUGGAAGUGUUCGAAGCGGUAUGGGCAAUCUGGAAAAAAGUGGACUUAAUAGUACUUCUCAAACUGAAAAACAUAUACAGACACCAAAUGAACUCAGAAAAUAUAUGACCAGAAUGGGAAAUGGCAUCCAUGCGAGAAAGUGCAUUCAGGAGAUACAAAUCGGAGCUGGAAAAGUGGAUCACCAAGUGGAUCAUCAAGUGGAUCAUCAAGUGGAUCAUCAAGUGGACCACCAAGUGAAUCGAAAAAGAACGCUACUGUGGAAAAACAAACUGAACAAGCUGUACAAAAUAAUUGAAAUAAAUAAUAGCUACAUGGGCUCGUAUGGAUGGCAAGGGUGCAGAAAUAGCUGCAACGAGUGCAUGGAAAAUUUGUAUAAAAAUGGAUUGACAAAUGUGGAAAACAGAUCCUACAACAAUAUGGUAUUUCAAGAGGAGGAUAAAUUAGCUCUUUAUAUUUACCAACGAAAUAGAGACAAAAAAAAAAGUCUCAAAAAAACGCACCAUAAUAAUGUUUCUACCAAAAAAAUACAUAAAGUUCAUUUUAAACAUAAUAUUUCUUAUAAAAGAUCCAGACGUUUUAUGCAUCUUUAUGAUAAUUUCCAGAAUAAUCUACACUUUUUUUUCAAGUACAUAACAAGUAAUUCCUGA